UUUAUAUAUAAAAAAAUAAACAAAGGAGUCGAAAAAUUGUACGUUGUAAUGCGAACAGGAACCAAGAAUUUAUUAAAAAUAAAAUAAUCGUCAUUAAUAAUAAUAAUAAUCAUUAUUAUUUAUAUAAAUAAAUGAUCGAUAUUUAUAUGAGAUAUAAAUAUUUAUAAAAUGGCUGCUGGACGAGGUAUUAUUAAUUUACGGUUUAACCAAGAUCAAGGAUGUUUCACCUGUUGCAUGGAGUCUGGCUUGAGAGUUUACAACGUCGAGCCAUUGGUCGAAAAGGCCCACUUUGAAAACGACCUGAUGGGCAGUAUAGCAAUCGGAGAAAUGUUAUGGCGAACAAACAUAAUAGCCGUCGUCGGGGGAGGAACAAGGCCAAAGUUUGCUGAUAACACUGUCCUAAUUUACGAUGACGUCGUCAAGAAAUUCGUCAUGGAAAUCACAUUCACCAGUCCAAUAAAAGCCGUACGGUUACGUCGUGACAAAUUAAUUGUUGCACUGCAACGUGAAAUUCACGUCUUUUCAUUCCCAUUUCCUACAAGACGAUUGUUGACUCUCGAAACACGUGACAAUCCAAAAGGUCUAAUUGAAGUCGCGACAUUGGGGACUGCGCACAAACAAUUGUUAGCAUUUCCUGGUCAUAAAUUGGGGAGUGUACAGCUGGUUGAUUUGGCUGCUACUGAAGCUGGCAGUUCAUCAGCACCAGCAACACUUGCUGCACAUCAAGGACCACUGGCUUGUUUAGCCGUUAAUCCAAAUGGCACAAUGGUGGCCACGGCAUCAGCUCAGGGUACACUUGUGCGUGUAUGGGAUAGUGUAAGAAGACACUUGUUGGUUGAACUAAGACGCGGUGCUGAUCCUGCUACACUUUAUUGUAUAACGUUUAGUAGAGAUUCCGAAUUUCUGUGCAUGUCCAGUGAUAAAGGCACUGUCCACAUUUUCGCAUUAAAAGAUACUCAUUUAAAUCGCCGGUCUACGUUUUCAAAAAUGAGAUUUCUUGGUAAUUAUGUCGAAAGUCAAUGGGCCCUGGCAACAUUUACGGUACCACCUGAGUGCGCAUGUGUGUGUGCAUUCGGAUCACGUAAUUCAGUAAUUGCUGUCUGUGUAGAUGGUACAUUUCACAAGUAUGUAUUUACAUCUGAAGGUAAUUGUAAUCGCGAAGCAUUUGAUGUUUUUCUUGAUGUUUGUGAUGACAAUGAACUUUGAAGAACAAAAAACAAUUUAACAAAAUGCCAU